AUAAUAAAGAAAAAGGAGUCUUUGUCUUUGUAUAAUGCAUUAUGCAUCACAAAGCAAAGCACGAUCGGAUUGGAGUUGGAAGGAAGAGGCGUUACGAAUAAUGAUUCCAUUUUAAUUGCCAUUUUUUUGCAUAUUCCUUCGAUUUAAUAAACGGAAAGGGGACAGUCUCAGAAUCACAGCUGACUGUGCAACUCCGCAUUUAUCUUUCAUUUUUAAAUUAGGAGAUGCUCCAACUCUGUGCGCUUAUAUAUAUCUGUGAUUAAGCAAGAUUUAUUCACAGAUUCAAUUUGAAUUUGAGAUUUCUGGGACCCUAUCUGCUUUUGAUUGUGAUAGUUUUGAGUCGAGAUGUCGAGCGACGGGAUUGAUGGCGUCGUGGUUUCGGGAAAUUGUUGUUCGAAGAAACGUGAGAAGGUUAUUAUUGACACCGAUCCCGGCAUUGAUGAUAGCAUGGCAAUACUAAUGGCAUUUCAGUCACCUGAAUUGGAUAUAUUGGGAUUAACAACAGUAUUUGGCAAUGUCAAUACAGAGGAUGCGACAAAUAAUGCAUUGCUUCUGUGUGAGAUUGCUGGACGUCCAGAUGUUCCAGUUGGAGGUAGUUUUGAACCAUUAAAGAGAGGAAAACCACGUAUUGCUGACUUUGUCCAUGGUUCAGAUGGAUUGGGGAACAUUUCUCUCGAUCCUCCCAAAUCUGGGAAAUGUGACAAAUCUGCACCUGAAUUUUUGGUCGAUAAGGUUUCUGAAGAUCCUGGUGAAGUCUCUAUACUUGCAUUGGGACCUCUAACAAAUAUUGCUCUAGCUAUAAAAAGGGACUCGUCAUUUGCUAGCAAAAUAAAGAGACUGGUGAUACUUGGUGGAGCUUUCUUUGCAUUAGGAAAUGUUAAUCCUGCUGAGGCAAAUAUUUAUGGAGAUCCAGAAGCAGCAGAUGUUGUAUUCACUUCUGGGGCCAAUAUUGAUGUCGUUGGCAUAAACAUCACAACGCAAGUCAAACUGACAGACAUGCACCUUGAAGAGCUAAGGAAGUCGAGUGGAAGGCACGCACAGCUUCUAUGUGAUAUGUGCAAAUUCUACCGCGACUGGCAUGUCAAAUCUGAUGGAGUUUACGGAAUUUUCCUGCACGAUCCUGUUAGUUUUGUUGCACUAGUGAGACCUGAUCUCUUUACAUUCAAGAAGGGAGUUGUAAGAGUUGAGACACAGGGCAUCUGUGUUGGCCAUACCAUAAUGGAUCAAGGACUAAAGAAUUGGAAUUCAAGCAACCCGUGGACGGAGUUCUCCCCCGUCUCUGUAGCGUGGACAGUUAAUAUACAAGGAGUUCUCAAGUAUGUAAAUGAAAUUUUAAUGAAGCCCUAGCUCUUCACAUCUCAUAUUUUGUUGUACAUUGUGCCAAUUUAUUAUUUGAAAAACUCUGGAACGCAAGACUUCAUUUCUUACUGAUAAUAUAUUCUUCAUCUUUCAUUUGCAAA